UAUAAAAAAGGGUCUACUUGUUAUUGAAAAUAUAUAAAAGUUAAUUACGAAUGAAAUACGUGAAAAAGUUAUAAGAAAUAAUAGCUAAGCAAAGUUAAAAUCAACAAACCCAACUAAAAAUUGUAUCUCAAAGUGUAUUAGUAUAAAUCAUUCUAAUUAUAUAUAAAAAAAUUAAAAUUAAUAAAAUAAAAAAUUUAGUAAAAUAUAAAAAAAUUAUUUUAAAGUGCAACUAAUAGUACACGCUUAACCCAACAUUAGCAGCAAGUAAGAUUAUAGUGUACUAUUAGUAAAUAUCAACAGUUAAACAACAAAACCACCAACAAGAUGUCUGAAACGCAAGACAACAACGGCGAUCAGCCGCUGCAGGACGAGGCUAGCGGCAGUGAGAAUAAAAUGAAAUCACGCCUACGUAAAGGCGCGCUAAAGAAGAAAAAUAUUUUCGCCGUUAAAGAUCAUUGCUUCAUACCGCGUUUCUUCAAGCAGCGAACAUUCUGCUCGCAUUGCAAGGAUUUUAUUUGGGGCUUUGGCAAACAAGGAUUUCAAUGUCAAGUUUGUUCGUAUGUGGUGCACAAGCGCUGUCACGAAUAUGUGACGUUCAUAUGCCCGGGCAAGGAUAAGGGAAUCGAUUCCGAUUCGCCACAAACAGUUCAUCAUUUCGAACCAUUCACAUUUGGUGGGCCCACAUUUUGCGACCAUUGUGGUUCGCUACUCUAUGGCAUCUACCAUCAGGGUCUCAAAUGCUCAGUUUUCUCACCUAUUCCCAGGCCCAUCAGAUGCCGCACAAAUGGCAGCAUAUCUCCUUCCUGUCGCCGAUGUUUUGCGAUCAUUGCGGCUCGCUGCUGCAUGGCAUCACCCAUAAGGGGCUCAAGUGUCGAGGUAAAGUGUGGCGCGCCCCGUGCUUAGCCACCAAAUACUAGCCUUAAGUAGCGCACGCGUUUAAAGUUAGUUUGUGUGUUUGUGAGUGCCGUGUAGUAUGUGGGUGUGUAUGUGCGUAGCAUUGAAAAAAUCGUGUAAUGUUUUUG